AUGGCCGAAAUAAUGAGAGAUGCCAUUCCACGCUUCAGUACCAAUUCAUUAAAAAAAGCACUUGAUACUCUCAGAUGUUGGUUUGAAAAAGCUUGUCAAGGAAUACAUAAGCACUAUACAUAUUCAUUUGAUGGAGAGGCACUUGUUGAUAUCUUCUACAGACUACAAGAAGUUGGUAUUUAUACUGUUGAGCUACUACAAAAUGUCAAGAAUGUUGUAAAUUUCUGUAAACUAUUAUCUUCUAUUACUUCUAAAAUUUGCUUUAAUCGGUUUCUUAAUCGUAUCUUAGGCCCCAUUAUUAGGAAUGUUAAGGACUCGAUCUCCAAAUUAAAUAAAUCAAUGCAAACAAACCUCCACAAAUAUUAUGCUGCUAGUGUAAUGUAUGAUGUUAUCUUGAUCAUCAUUGCUCUUUUGCUGUUCAUCUGUCAAUCCACUCUUGGAUCUGCUACUGAUAUGGAGCAGUUGAUGAUAUUUGUCACUGUUAUUCACCUUAUCAUAUCUGGAGAUGUUGAGAGUAAUCCUGGACCACAAUAUGAUGCAAGAGAUCUUUAUAAAAAGGAGCCAGAGGUUGAUGAUUUCCAAAGAAUAUUUAUUCAAUGUGGUGCUGCAUGUCACUGGCAAAUCAUUGGUAGAGCAUUAGGCGUCAAAGUGGAUGACCUGAUCAAUAGUCCACUCUCUGCAGCAGAUAAGAUUGGGGUUGUUCAUAAAAAGUGGAGCGAUAAACAUCAAGACUUCACGUGGGAAAGGCUUAUUGAAGCUUGUGAAGGUUAUGAUCAGUUUGGGAGAGUUCGUGAUGCCAUCGAUAAGUUUUUAUCAUCUGAUAAAGCACAUAAAAAGUAUCGAGAUGAACCUGACUUUGAAAGUAAAAGGAGCAGGAGGAGCGAAAAUGAUUAUUCAAACAAAAGAGAUAAUGGACCAGUGACAACCAUCAAUGUACAUGUACAUAUACCCACCAGCGUACUGCUUUUCAUUAUUGUAAUCUUGUGUGGCGUCAUUAUUUAUCAAUGGACUGAUAACAGAAACUGGUAA